UAGCUGUUGGCUUAGAAAAAAAGUAAAAAUAAAUUUAAAAAUGAAAGAUUCCUGCUAUCAAGGCCACGCUUGGAGGAUGGAGGGAGAGCAAAUUCUGGAAUUUGCUGUGGAGGCAGUGAGCUGCCUGGUGCCCUGAUGUGCUAGGAGAGACUGCUGAGGUAAGAGACAGCUUUUUGGGGAAAACUUGCUGAACACACUGCCAGGAGCACCCAGGGGAAAAAAGUCAGGGCUUCUUGUUGGGCUGCUGGCAUUCCUGUCUCCUCUCUGUUCCUGACAAAGGGCGGGGAGGACAAGAGGAAUUAAGACCUCCUAGCAGGGAAAAUAGGGAAUAAAAGGCUCCCACCCCAAAUGGCAGAGGGGAAAAUCAGCCAAGCUCAGGCUGUUUUCCCACUGCUGGGGUUGGAGCAGUGCCUGUCUCACCUGAGCCUUGCUGCAGGAUGAAAAAUCAGCUCUAAUGUAGCUCUGCAGAUGGAUCCUUCACCCCUUGGCUGCUGUUCCAGCUCUCCCUCCCAUCCAACAUGGAUACGAAUCAACUCAAAGCAGCUGAAAUCUUUUCUGGGGUACAGAUUGGACUCAAAUGUAGGGCUGUGGCCAGCCCAGGUGCCAGAGGCAGGGAAAAUCCCUGUGCAAAUUGCAGCUGUAUGAGUGAAAAUGAUAAUAACGCUCACAGCAGUCCCCCAGUGAAGCUCCCCACCAGCACCAGAGAGGGUGGAAACGGGAACAGCAAGGAAACCUUCUGUGGGCUGGACUGGAUGAGUUUUUCCUUUUCCACCUGUAAAAAAGCAGGACUUGGAUGGCAAAGCAACUCCAUGGAAACUUCAGGGCAGUGCCUUUGAACGGCGCUUUAAGCCUAGCACUGUUUAAUGCUAAUCCUGUAACUUUAUAUAGAUGGGCGCUUUUUUUUUUCCCCUUUACACAAAGGAGGAAGGGGCUCGGUUCUUCUGAGGGUUGGGUUUUCUGUUCCCUGAGCAGCAGAGCUGCGAGCCCAGCUCUGUCUCUCUGGCAUUUCCAUCUGAAUCCACCUGAAGGGGGUGAGCUUUUGGGGAAGAAAGAGGCUUCUCUCCCUCUCCAGGCCAGAAUUUGAUCUCCAGAUUAGCCUGCUGGUUAUCAACAGAGGAACAACAGUUGUGAUUGCAACUCAACACUGCUCCAGCCCUGGAAGAGCAUUGAGGAAAACGGAGUUUUCAAUUGGGAGAGCAAAGGACUGAGCCAUCGUUUCAGCCAUCAGCAAUAAUUGGCAUGGCAGGACGGGCAUGCAUUCUCCCUUGACAUAGGAUUUCACCCUGCUCUACCAAGACUGGUCUAAAAUUUCAGACCUGAUUGCUCCUCUAGUCUACAAACAGGAUGAACAAGAGAUCAUUUCUGGGAGCCUGGGUGGCCCUUUUGGUGAUAACAGCACAGCAGCGAGCUCACACCAUGGCAAGCCUGUAUCCAUACUGGCAGAACGACACCAAAACCCCCAAAGUCGAUGAUGGCAGCUCCCCUGAAAUCAAGAUCUCUGUGCCAUUCAUCUUUUUUGGAGCCCCGUACAGAAGCAUUUAUGUCAACAACAACGGCGUGAUCUCCUUCAACGCCCUGGUCAGCCAGUUCACGCCCGAGGCCUUCCCGCUGACCGACGGCCGCGCCUUCGUGGCGCCCUUCUGGGCCGACGUGCACAACGGCAUCCGCGGGGAGAUCUACUACCGGGAGAGCACGGAGCCAGAGCUGCUCCGCAGGGCCUCCAGGGACAUCCGCAGGCACUUCAGGGACAUGGCCUCCUUCUCUGCCCUCUGGGUCUUCAUCGUCACCUGGGAGGAGGUGACGUUCUACGGGGGAAGCAGCACGACGCCCGUGAACACGUUCCAGGCUGUCCUGAUCACAGAUGGGAUAUCAUCCUUUGCCUUGUUUAACUACCACGAAAUCAGCUGGACCACGGGCACAGCCAGCGGAGGGGACCCCCUCACUGGGCUCGGCGGGGUGAUGGCUCAGGCUGGCUUCAAUGGUGGAAAUCUCACCAACUUUUUCAGCAUCCCAGGCUCCAGAACCCCAGACAUUGUCAAUAUUGAGGAAACAACCAACGUAAAUGUCCCGGGGCGUUGGGCUUUCAAAAUAGAUGGCAGAGAAAUAGACCCGGCCAACGGCUGCAGCCUGAGAGGACAGUUUCUCCGUCAAGGGGAGAUCUUUUGGGACAACGCCAACUGCACCACCAAGUGUCGCUGCCUGGACUUCAACAAUGAGAUCCUCUGCCAGGACAUGGCUUGUGGCCCCUUCGAGGCGUGUGAGACGAAGACCAAAUUCUUCCAGUGCGUGCCGGUGGAGAGCAGCACCUGCGUGGUGUUCGGAGAUCCACAUUACCACACCUUCGACGGCUUCCUCUUUCACUUCCAGGGUUCCUGCUCCUACCUCCUCGCCAGGCAGUGCUGGCCAGGCUCCCAGCUGCCCUACUUCAACGUGGAGGCCAAGAAUGAGAACCGAGGCGGCUCCUCCGUCUCCUGGCUGAGGGAUAUUUAUGUGGAGGUCUACUCACACAAGAUUGUUCUCCCCAAGGGCGGCUUUGGGAAGGCAAAGGUGGAUGACCUGGUGGUGUCCCUGCCCAUCUCCUUGGAACUGGGUGCAAUCAAGGUCUACCAAAGCGGGCUGUCCACUGCCCUGGAGACUGACUUUGGCCUGCUGGUGACCUACGAUGGACAGCACUAUGCCUCCGUGUCCGUGCCGGGCUCGUACAUCAACGCCACGUGCGGGCUGUGCGGCAAUUACAACAAAGACCCCGAGGACGACGUCCUGCGCUCAGACGGGCGGGUGGCCACAUCCGUGCCGGACCUGGGCGAGAGCUGGCAGGUGCCACAUCCCGAGCGCAGGUGCUCCACGGGCUGCCUGGAGAACUGCAGCCUCUGCGACGCCGCCACCGAGGCUCUGUAUUUCACCCCCGAGUACUGCGGCUUCAUCAACAAGAGCGGGGGGCCCCUCUGGGAGUGUGGCUCUGUCGUGGAUCCCACCGCCUUCAUCCACAGCUGUGUCUACGACCUCUGCAGCGCCAAGGACAAUGGCACCGGGCUGUGCCAGGCCAUCCAGGCGUAUGCCACCGUGUGCCAGGCACUGGGCAUCGCGGUGGGAGAGUGGAGGAGCCAGACGGGAUGCGCGGCGGCCGUGCAGUGCCCGGAGCUCAGCCAGUACUCGGUGUGUGCCAGCAGCUGCCCUGCCACCUGCUCAGACCUCACGGCCCCGCUGGCCUGCGCCUCCCCCUGCACCGAGGGCUGCGAGUGCCCCGAGGGCCACGUCCUCAGCGCCGACCGCUGCGUCCCCGUGCAGGGCUGCGGCUGUGACGUGAACGGCCGCUAUUACACCGUCGGGGAGUCCUUCUGGGCGUCACCAGACUGCACUGUGCAGUGCCACUGCGAGGCUGGCGGGGAGGCCAGGUGCUUCAACACCACCUGCCCCGAGGGAGAGAUCUGCACCAUCGAGAACGGCUACCGGGGGUGCUACCCAAAGCGGGAGACCGUGUGUUUGGUGGGGCAGGACCAGGUGCUGCAGACCUUUGAUGGCAUCACCUUCCCCUACCCGCUGGAACAGUCCUACACGCUGCUCAAGACCUGCCCAGAGAGGUCAGACUUCAUUGAGGUGGACAUCAACCAGAAGAAGGUCGGCUCCGCUCCCAACGGGCCGCGCGUCGUGCGAGUCCAGGCGGCCGGCCAAGAGGUGAAGAUUGGAGGCACCAGGCUGUCAGACAUUAAGGUGAAUGGUUAUGAUGUGGAGCUGCCCUAUUUCCACCCCUCUGGGCGCCUGGAAAUCUACCGGACUGGCAACAGCACCGUGAUGGAGUCCGAGGGGCUCCUGGCCAUCAGCUACUACGACUCCGGCCUCCUGGAGAUCCGCCUCUCCACCUCCUACUUCAACUGCACCGGGGGCCUCUGCGGCCUCUUCAACGACAACGCCACCGACGAGUUCUGCCUGCCCAAGGGCAAGUUCACGGACAACCUGGAGCUCUUCCUGGAGAGCUGGACCACCUUUGACGAGAUCUGCAACGGCGAGUGCGGGGACCUGCUCAUGGCUUGCAACAACGACUCGGAGCUGCUCAAGUCCUACAGGAGCCGCUCGAGCUGCGGCAUCAUCAACGACCCCACCAACAGCUCCUUCCUGGAGUGCCACAGCGUGGUCAACGUCUCAGCCUACUACAGGACGUGCCUCUUCCGCCUGUGCCAGAGCGGGGGCAACGUGUCGGAGCUGUGUGACUCGGUGGCACGCUACACCAGCGCCUGCAAGAACGCCGACGUGGACAUCGGCCAGUGGAGGAGCCACAGCUUCUGCCCUCUCUCCUGCCCGGAGAACAGCCACUUUGAGGAGUGCAUGAGCUGCGUGGAGACCUGCGAGAGCCUGGCCUCGGGCCCCGUGUGCCGGGACACCUGCUCGGAGGGCUGCCAGUGCGACGAGGGCUUCGCCCUGCGCGGCACCCGCUGCAUCCCCCGCCGCGAGUGCGGCUGCAACUUCGAGGGCCGGCAGCUGGCCACCAACCAGACCUUCUGGAUGGACAUCUCCUGCCACUUCCUGUGCUACUGCAACGGCUCGGACAACAGCGUGUACUGCGAGAAUGUGUCCUGCAAGGACGACGAGUAUUGCCUGGAGGAGAACGGCCUCUACUACUGCCACGUCCGCACCGAUGCCUCCUGCAUCAUCUCGGGCUAUGGGCACUACCUGACUUUUGAUGGCUACUCCUUCGACUUCCAGAGCAGCUGUGAGCUGGUGCUGUGCACCACCAUCUCCCGGCCCAGGGUGGAGCGCUCGGACACGUUCCCGGCGUUCACUGUCACGGCCAAAAAUGAGGACCGGGACACCUCUCUGGCGCUGUGGGUGAAGCAGGUGGAAGUGGAGGUCUUUAAUUACAAGAUUGUCAUCCACCGAGCCUACAAAUACACUGUGCUGAUCAAUGACGAGCGUCUCUACUUGCCCCUGAAGCUGGGCCAGGGCAAAGUGAACAUCUUCGCCUUUGGUUUCCACAUCGUGGUGGAGACCGACUUCGGGCUGAAGGUGGUGUACGACUGGAAGACCUUCCUGUCUGUCACCAUCCCACGGGGCUUCCAGAACCUCACCUACGGCCUCUGCGGCCGCUACAACGGCAACCCUGAGGACGACCUGGUGGCCGCAGGGGGCACGCCGGCCACCAGCAUCAGUGACUUUGUGCAGAGCUGGGCCAAGCGGGACGCGUUCUGCCGCGUGGGCUGCGGCGACCGCUGCCCGGCCUGCGGCAAGGUCGAAGGAUUCUGGAAGCCCCAGCAGCUCUGCAGCCUCAUCCCCAGCCAAAGUGGCGUCUUUGCCAAGUGCCACAGCAAGAUCAAUCCCGGUUUCUUCUACAAGAACUGCCUCUUUGACACCUGUGUGGAUGGGGGGGCCAUGCAGACAGCCUGCAGCUGGCUGCAAAACUAUGCCAGCACGUGCCAGACUCAGGGCAUUGCCAUCACUGGCUGGAGGAACUUCACCUCGUGCUCUGUCAGCUGUCCCCCCAACAGCCACUACGAGAGCUGCGUGUCCCUGUGCCAGCCCCGAUGUGCUGCCAUCCGGCUGAAGAGCGACUGCAGCCACUACUGCGUGGAGGGCUGCCAGUGUGACCCUGGCUAUGUCCUCAACGGCAAGAGCUGCAUCCUGCCCCACAACUGUGGCUGCUACUCUGACGGCAAAUACUACGAGCCCAAGCAGCUCUUCUGGAGUGGGGACUGCACCCGGCGGUGCCGCUGCUUCCGGCGCAACCUGAUCCAGUGCGACCCCCGGCACUGCAAGUCGGACGAGGAGUGCGCGCUGCGCAACGGCGUCCGCGGCUGCUUCAGCACCCGCAGCUCCUUCUGCCUGGCGGCCGGCGGCGGCGUCUUCCGCACCUUCGACGGCGCCUUCCUCCGCUUCCCCGCCAACUGCGCCUUCGUCCUCUCCACCAUCUGCCAGAAGCUGCCCGACUUCUCCUUCCAGCUCAUCAUCAACUUCGACAAGUGGUCCUCGCCCAACCUCACCAUCAUCUCCCCCGUGUACUUCUACAUCAACGAGGAGCAGAUCCUCAUCAGUGACAGGAACACUGUCAAGGUGAACGGAAGCCUCGUGAGCAUCCCCUUCGUCACGGGGCUGUCCACCAAGAUCUUCAGCCAGGAGGGCUUCCUGGUCAUUGACUCCAGCCCCGACAUCCAGAUCCGCUACAACGGCUUCAAUGUCAUCAAAAUCACCAUCGGGGAGCGGCUGCAGAACAAGGUGUGCGGCCUCUGUGGCAACUUCAACGGCGACCGCACCGACGACUACGCCACGCUGCGGGGCAAGCCGGCCGUCAGCAGCGUGGUGCUGGCACAGAGCUGGAAAACCAACGGCAUGCAGAAGAGCUGCAACGAGCUGCAGUACUCGCAGUACGCCGCCUCCUGCGACAACGUGCAGAUCCAGGAGCUGCAGAGUGACAGCUACUGCCUGAAGCUGACCGACAUGAAAGGCUUCUUCCAGCCCUGCUACGGUCUCCUGGACCCGCUGCCUUUUUACGAGUCCUGCUUUUUGGAUGGCUGCUACAACCACAAGAAGGUCCAGCUGUGCGGCUCGCUGGCUGCCUACGGAGAGGCCUGCAGGACCUUCGGCAUCCUGGGCACCGAGUGGAUCGAGAAGGAGAAUUGCUCAGGAGUGGUGGAAGAUCCCUGCGUGGGCGCCGACUGCCCCAACCGCACCUGCGAGCUGGACAACGGCGGGGAGCUGUGCGGCUGCAUCGAGCCCCCGCCCUAUGGGAACACCACCCACGACAUCAUUGAUGCGGAGGUGACCUGCAAGGCCGCCCAAAUGGAGGUGUCCAUUUCAAAGUGCAAGCUGUUCCAGCUGGGCUUUGAGCGUGAGGGCGUGCGGGUCAACGACCGCCACUGCCCUGGCAUCGAAGGGGAAGACUUCAUCUCCUUCCAGAUCAACAACACCAAAGGCAACUGUGGCAACUUGGUGCAGUCCAACAGCACUCACAUAGUGUACAAGAACACGGUGUGGAUCGAGAGUGCCAACAACACGGGCAACAUCAUCACCCGGGACAGGACCAUCAAUGUGGAGUUUUCCUGUGCCUAUGAGCUGGACAUCAAGAUCUCCCUGGAUUCAGUCGUGCGGCCGAUGCUCAGUGUGAUUAACCUGACGGUGCCGACACAGGAAGGGAGCUUCACCACCAAGAUGGCCCUGUACAAGAACUCGUCCUACAAGCACCCGUACCGGCAGGGCGAGGUGGUGCUCACCACCCGGGACGUGCUCUAUGUGGGGGUCUUUGUGGUGGGGGCCGACUCCAACCACUUGAUCCUGAUGCUGAACAAGUGCUACGCCACCCCCUCACGGGACAGCAACGACAAACUGCGCUACUUCAUCAUCGAGGGAGGGUGCCAAAACAUGAAGGACAACACCAUUGGCAUAGAGGAGAACGGGGUGUCCCUGACGUGUCGCUUCCACGUCACCGUCUUCAAGUUCAUCGGGGACUACGACGAGGUUCACCUGCACUGCGCCGUCUCCCUCUGCGACUCCGAGAAAUACUCCUGCAAAAUCAACUGCCCUCAGCACACGAGGAUGGCCAGCGCCUUCACCGAGGAGUCCAAGGAGCAGAUCCUCUCAGUGGGGCCUAUCCGGAGGAAGCGCUCAGACUGGUGCGAGGACAACGGAGGCUGUGAGCAGAUCUGCACGAGCCAGGCGGAUGGGCCUUUGUGCAGCUGUGUGACAGGGACACUGCAAGGGGACGGCAAGAGCUGCAGGGCCUCCAGCUCUUCAGGGGAGCACCGUGCCCGAGUGACCCUCCUGCUGGCGGCCCAGCUGUGGCUGUGGCUGCGCUCAGCUCCACGGCACCUGACCUCGUAGGCGCGGCCCCGCCGCCCAGCCAAAAACUGUUCUCGCGUCAGCCUGAGUCUUUGUAGGGUAGGAGACAGCCCCCCCGCCGUGGCCACGCUGCUGCCCACCCGGCCAUGCUGCGAGGAGGCAGAGGGACGUGACCUGGAGAGAGAUGGGACGCGGACCCGGCGGUGACAUGCAGCCGGCACAGCGGCAGCAACGGCGAGACUGAGCAGGAUGUCUGCCAGCAGCGAUGUGGGACUGGGGUUUGGGGUUUUUUUACAGCUUUCCAUCAUUGAUGUGGACUCAAGGAGGGGUUUUGCAGCUUUUCCCCAGGCUCUCCCUUGUGGGGUGCACUGUAGGUGGCCCACACCACUGUUGGUGGGGUGGGACAGGGUGGAGCAGGUGCUGUCCCCUCACAUGGACAGCUGCAGGUCUCCACUGUCCUUGGGAGCUGCCACCAGGGUCUUACGAGCUCACAGACUCAACCAGAGGUAGGUGUUGGGGCACAGGUCAUGGCCAGAGCAGUGCAUUGCCAUCUCUGGAUGUUGUGACGCCUUGGGACCGUGUCACCCUCUGACUCUGGAGCAGAGGUGGUGCUGAGGUUUGGUUCAGAGAGCCAAACUCAUCCAUGGGGGUCUGGAAAUCUUGACAUUGUGCUGUGGUGGUGACAAGCUGGUGCCAAUAAUUGGAAAGAGGCGCUUUCUGGUGGGCAGGAACAAGAGUCAGAGGAAGGAGGGGUGAAAUUCCCUGCUGCGUUUGUGUGGCAUGCAAGGGUUGAGGGUCAGAGCAGGGUUGGGGUCUGUGGGCACAGGGCAGCAUUGGGGUGCCUGGUGAAAGAGUGGGGAGCAGCCUUGGGGUGCUGGUGGGUGUGGGGGGCUGUGUUGGUGUCUUGUCUUGUGUUUGUACUCUGUGAAACGGCUGCGUGGGAAUAAAAAGUGUUGUAAUCCUUCGUAAGCACCGAGUCCUGUGUGAUGGGGGCAAGGAUGGCGAGCAGCAGCAGGGCCUGGAAGGACACCAAGGCUGCAAAGAGUCCCUGGGAGGGAUGGACAGGGAAUUUUGGGGUGCCAGGCAGGGGCACACCAGAGCUGAGGGCACGGGUUGUGGCUGGAGUGUGGGUCUGGCAGGUUUGCCGUGGGGUGGGCUGGGAUGCAGGGCAGAAGGAGCAGAGGAGAUUUGGGUUCUGGGGCAGGACAGCUGGUUCCCUUGCCUCAAGACAAGAUGUCAGGUAACAGGAUGUCAUGGACUCUGCUCUUCUUGUUCUCUGCCUCUCAGCUCCCUCUCUGUGUCUCCGUGCCCUCUGUGUGUGUGUUAGCUCUGAAUUCUCUCCUUCACCCCUCUUUGCUCCCUGUGACUGCCUCUCUGCUGCCUCGAUCCCCCAUCUCUGUUCCUCUUCGCUCUCCUGUCUGUCUCUGCCCUCUCUGUCCUCUCUCUGUGCCCUGUCUGUGCUUCUUUGCCAUCCCUCUCCUGGCCCUGCUGUCUGCUCUCUCAGUGUCACUCUCAGCUGGCUCCAGUGUCUGUCUCUGUUUGCUCUUUGCGCUUCUUUGCCCUCUCUCUCCCCAUAUUUGCUCUCUGCCUCUGUGCCCUCUGCACCCCCCUCUUUGCUCUCCAGGUCUCCCAUCUCCUUCCCCAGCCUCUCCUUGCCUCAGGCCAUGUCUCACCCUCAGUUCAGUUAAUUCAUGAACUGCUGAAGGAUGGCAGCAGUGUGGCUGUGCUGCACCCGAGGGAGCUGCCCAAGGGCUCUGGGGGUGCUGUGGCUGUGGGGGGACCCCCCGAGGAUGGAGGGGAUCCCCGGGGCACUGAAGGGGCUGGCUGGCCCUCGGUGGGUGAGCAGGUGGGUAAAUGUCAAUUUCUUUUGGGGUUCUGAAGGUCUGGGUGACCCCAAGAGAUCGUAAAGAGUCUUUGCUUCCCUAGCCUAAAGCAGCUAAAGAAGAGGUUUGGAAUGUGUGAAGUCGAGUUUUCAAGGUUAUUUAUUUCUUCUUAUCUAUAAACAUUCUUUCUCUGACCUGCUGAGCUCUGGCUAGCAAGGAGGCCGUGGCCAUCUGCCCUGAGCCUUGGGUGGCUCUUAUAUUAUAUACUCAAAACUACGUGUGCCAUUUUUACAGUUCCCGUACCAAUACUUAAGAUUUAUGUUGGACAGUGUGUCUCUACCGUAAACUAAUAGAAAAGUGUCACUAUCACAGUAAGGCAUGGAGGACAAGAAUAAGGAAAAGAAGGCUAGGACAUGCUUAAAUUCUUCUAUCUUGUACCUUUUUGAACCCUAUUCUAAAAAUCUCAAAAUUCUAUUUUUCUACCUUUUGUUAGUUUAAAUAUCACACUACUAAAACUUUCGUGGCUUGUAAUUCCUCAUACAAAAUUGACAGUUUUUUCCACAGGCUAAAAUCGAAGCCGCAGGUGUUUUUGACUUCGUGCCAAGGUCUCCGAGCCCCCUGCCAGGGUCUGGAGCCAGCCAGGGCAGCCAGAGGGAUGUGCUGGGCUCGGACAGGUAAACAACUCCGUGGUAACACAGCAGAGCGCUGGGCAGCACUGCAAGGGCACUGGGGGGAUGUUCAUGAUUUUCUUUGGCUCUUUAAAGGGUUUGACAGAUUGUCCAAAGAGCGAUGGAGAGGGGAGAGCCUGAUUGUGGGGAUCACGCUGACCACAGCACUGACCACAGUGCUAACCACAGCGCUGACCACAGUGCUAACCACAGUGCUAACCACAGUGCUAACCACAGAACUGACCAGAGCACUGACCACAGAACUGACCAGAGCACUGACCACAGAACUGACCACAGCGCUGACCAUGGCACUGACCAGAGCACUGACCACAGAACUGGCCACAGAACUGACCACAGCGCUGACCAUGGCACUGACCAGAGCACUGACCACAGUGCUAACCACAGAACUGACCAGAGCACUGACCACAGAACUGGCCACAGAACUGACCACAGUGAUGACCACAGUGCUAACCACAAAACUGACCACAGCAUUGACCACAGCAUUGACCACAGUGCUGACCACAAAACUGACCACAGCACUGACCACAGCACUGACCACAAUGCUGACCACAGCUUCAUAGGGCUUAAUUAUCAUGGAAUCACCACAGUUUGGGCUGGAAAAGCUCCUCUCAUUCCACCCCCUGCCAUGGCAGGGACACCUUCCUCUGUCCCAAGCCUGUCCAGCCUGGCCUUGGACACU